UGGCUCCCUUGAUGCAUUUCUUUGCCACUCUUCUCUUUGUCCUAAUUCCACUUGAAGCCACCACACACCACCACCACCAUCAACAACAUGGACUCAAAUCUCUCCACUUUACACUCUACCAACAAGAAACCUUAAACAAAACCGCUUACUUCGUCAUACAAGGAGUCGCCGGUCCACCUUUAAGCCUGACCACGGCUCCGUUUGGGACCAUGUUUGUCUUUCAAGAUCCCUUAACUCUUAAACCAAAUCACACUUCAAAACUUGUUGGAACAUCUGAAGGAUCCGCGAUCACUUCUGGACUAGACGGGCUUCAAAGCAUCACUGUUGGUAAAGUCACUUUGAAUUUGAAAAAACACAAAGGUUCAAUCUCCAUUGUUGGUGUCACAAAUAACAUUAAGCCUUCAAACCAUCCCGUUGUAGGUGGGACCGGUGAUUUUCUGUUUGUUCAAGGUUAUAUAACAUCAUCUCCGGUUAAUCUGGUUGGGUCACCUGUAACUUACAAGAUCGAGUUUCAUCUUUAUUGGCCUCCUUACGCGUAUUUAAAACCGUAAACCUUCCUUAAAAAGAACACAUUCUUGCCUACGUUGUUGGAACAUUUAAAGACUAGUUUUAUUACCACCUUAUAAUAUACUUUAUGCUUGUUGUUUGAUUAUGAUUUUUAUUUGUUGUUUCAUUUUCUAAAGUUGGAACUAAUAUUUAAUAGAUCUCUAUGGUUUCUAGUUCUUUAGAUCAUAUGAUUUUUCUUUUUUUUCUUUCCUGGUCUUGUACUCUUGUUUUUGUGGUGUUGAAUGA